AUGGACCCAAACAGUGGUUUCUGCUCAGAAACAAAAAUUUAUCACAGUCUCAGACCCCAAGUUCCACUGCCUCCAGAAACCACCCCUCUCUCAAUCACUGACUAUGCCUUCUCUCUCCUCCGUCAAGCCUCCACCACCAUCUCCGGCGCAAAAUUCAUCGACGUCACCACCCACGAAUGCAUCCCCAGUUCUGAACUUGAAAUUCGCACUAAAACCUUAGCUUUCUCGCUGCAACACCAUGUUGGACUCUGCAAAGGCGACUGUGCCUUCGUUCUCUCUCCAAACUCUGUACAUAUCCCCAUUCUCUACCUCUCUCUCCUGUCGCUUGGCGUAAUAGUUUCUCCUUCCAAUCCAGCAAGCUCAAAAACCGAGAUUUCUCGCCAAAUCCAGAUCUGUAAACCAGUCAUCGCCUUUGUCACCUCCGACACCGCUCACAAGGUCGCCUCACUCCGGUACCGCACAAUUUUCCUCGACUCGCCCGAGUUCGAAUCAAUGACGAAGAGUCGAACUGAAACUUCUCCCCAAAAAAUCGAAGUUUUUCCAUAUGAUGUCGCGGCAAUUAUGUUUUCGUCAGGAACUACCGGAAAAACCAAAGGCGUGAUACUUACUCACCGGAACUUCAUGGCAAUGUUGGCCGGAGUGCAUGCGAUUCGUCCGAUUAGAUCGUCUACGGCUGUGAUGCUUUGUACUGUUCCAUACUUUCAUGUCUACGGAUUCACUAACUGCGUGAGAGCGGCGUCAAUGGGUGAGAUUUUGGUGUCAAUGAAGAGAUUUGAUCUCCGGCUGAUGAUGAAAGCGAUCGAAGAGUUUAGGAUUACGCAUGUCGCGUUGGCUCCGCCGGUGAUCGUAGCUCUGGUGAACAGUGGCGAUUUGGUGAACAACUACGAUCUGAGCUCUUUGGAGGCUGUGCACAGUGGCGGAGCUCCGCUAUCAGAGGCUGUGAUUGAGAGGUUUAAGAGCAAGUUUCCCAACGUGUCGCUGGGGCAGGUUAGUGUUCCAUAG